CUCCUUUCUAAUUACAAUCUCUCCUUUUGCCAAUAAUCAUUGCUUAGAAAAAACACAGCUUCUUCUUAGUAAUAAUGUUGAAAGAAGAGAGUAACGAGAGUGGUUCUUGGGCACGAGCAUGUGACACUUGUCGUUCAGCCGCCUGCACUGUCUACUGUGAAGCUGACUCUGCCUACUUGUGCACCACCUGUGAUGCUCGAGUUCACGCAGCCAAUCGUGUUGCUUCUCGCCAUGAACGUGUUCGUGUCUGUCAGUCAUGUGAGUCUGCCCCGGCUGCGUUUUUGUGUAAAGCAGACGCUGCGUCUCUUUGCACAACUUGUGAUGCUGAGAUUCAUUCCGCAAACCCACUAGCUAGACGUCAUCAACGAGUUCCGAUUCUUCCAUUAUCUGCAAACUCUUGCAGCUCCAUGGCCCCAAGUGAGACUGAUGCAGAUAACGAUGAGGAUGACCGCGAGGUGGCUUCGUGGUUACUGCCUAAUCCAGGGAAAAACAGCGGUAAUCAGAACAAUGGGUUCUUGUUUGGUGUUGAGUACCUUGAUCUUGUGGAUUACAGCUCCAGCAUGGACAACCAAUUUGAAGAUCAUCAGUACAGUCACCACCAGAGGAGCUUUGGAGGAGAUGGAGUUGUGCCACUUCAAGUUGAAGAAUCAACAAGUCACCUUCAACAAAGCCAACACAACUUUCAGUUGGGUAUCAACUAUGGCUUCUCCUCAGGAGCUCACUACAACAACUCCUUAAAGGACCUAAACCAUAGCGCAUCCGUUUCAUCAAUGGACAUCAGUGUUGUGCCAGAGUCAACAGCAAGUGACAUAACAGUCCAACACCCAAGAACAACUAAAGAGACGACAGACCAACUCGCUGGUCCUCCUACUCAGGUAGUGCAGCAGCUUACUCCAAUGGAGAGGGAGGCUAGGGUCCUGAGAUACAGAGAGAAGAAGAAGACGAGGAAAUUUGACAAGACAAUAAGGUAUGCUUCAAGAAAGGCAUAUGCAGAGAUAAGACCACGGAUCAAGGGCCGAUUUGCAAAGAGGAUAGAAAUUGAAGCUGAGGCUGAAGACAUCUUCUCAACAUCGCUAAUGUCUGAGACUGGAUAUGGAAUUGUUCCUUCCUUCUGAACUCAUAUGGCGAAGAUGGACUAGAUUGCAUGCUGUAAAUUACUUCUAGUUUGUAUUUCUACAAGUUUUUACCACAGUUUCGCAUAUGGAUCCAAUAGUUUUGUGACUUUUGUCUAACUAUUACGAGUUUAAUCAGAUAUGUUUCUAUAGCUGCAGUUGUUUAAGCAACAUCUCUCUACAUAGUCUAAUUGGUAAAAUCUUAUCGUAUGGAACAGUGCCUAUCACUCUAAUUGAAUU